AAGACUUAUAAACAAAACAUAUUUGUUAACGGGAAAAUUGAAAAUUAUAAAUUAUCUUAUUUACCGUUUAAUGUUUAUGUAUUUUAUCAAACAUUUUAAAUCAAACUAUUGAUGGUCGUUUGCUUGUUUCACCGAAAUUCACGUAACUUAUUAUGUCCGCAACAUCAUGCACAGAAGAACAGAAAGCAAGUGAUGUAUUCCAGUCAACAAUCAAUGAUAAUAACUGCAGUAACCCGAAGGAACUAGAGACGACUCAAUUAAAUACAGACAACUCAAAUAAAAUCAUGAACUCAAAAGAAGAUAAAAAAACCCCAGAAAUGUGCAUACUUGAAGGUUGCAAAAAUGCAGCCAUAUCACAUCCAGAGUGGGACAAUGAAUAUUGUAGUGUGACAUGUUGUUAUGAGCAUUGCAAGACAACAUUUCAUUUAUGGCUAGAAGGUAAUAAAAUUGCAAUAAAAAAAGUAAAAUUAGCAAUUGAUAAUUCAGAUGCUCAACCUCAACCAAUGGAUAGUGAACCAGGAAAUCUUUGAACACUUUCUUUUAUAAACACGACUUAAAUUUUAUAACACUUGUGGUACUAUACAUUUUUGCAUGAAUAAACUUGUAAGUAUAUUAGCUCACUUACAGUUGUUUAUUGUACAGAUAUUUCAAAAGGUAGAUAAGCGGUUUUCAGGGUAAUGAAGCAAUUUAAAAACUAAUGUAUUUUGUGGGCAUCUAAAAUUAAAUUCCGUCAUGAAUAAUGCUUUGUGUAAAUGUACAUGAUAAAGUUAGUUUAAUUAGAUACAUAAUUUUGUAGUGACUUAAAACAGACAAAAGAUUUAAUAUGAAAUGUUAACAAUUAUUUUAUAAGCUAAUACAACAAUUCACUUUUAAACGCGUGUCAUAAGUGCCCUUCUAUUUUAGAUUUUGAUUAAAAAAUAAAUGAGAAAUGUAUAUGUAAUACAGCAAAAACAUUUCAAAAUCUUCUACUAGUUUAAACUUAUUACUUUGUACUUAAUACUUAAGUAGGUAUCAAAUACAUUUAAUAUUGAACUUG